AUGACUCUUGAUGUCAAAGGAUCAGUAGAAGCAGUUCACUCUGUUCUCAAGCAUUCAUCUUGCCCAGAAAAUGUUUAUUUCCAUUUUGUGGCUUCGAAGAAUAAGGAUUUUCAAGACCUGAGAAGAUGCUUUAAUGAAUUUCGAGUGAAGAAAUUGAUAUCAUCUUCGAUUCGUCAAGCCCUUGAUAAUCCAUUGAACUAUACUAGGAUUUAUUUAGCUGAGAUCAUCCAGCCCUGUGUUGAAAGGGUAAUUUAUCUUGAUUCUGAUGUUGUUUUGGUUGGUGACAUCCAAAAGUUAUGGUCGAUUUCUUUAACUGGUUCGAAAAUUAUUGGAGCUCCAGAGUACUAUCAAGCAAAUUUCUUUAGAACAUACCUAGUUCGAAAACUAGGAUGCAAAGAUGUUCUUCAAAGAAUUCUCCUCUAUGUGGUGAAUUGA